AUGGCAGAAAAAUACGUACGUCUUCUCUGCGCCGAGAAGGAAGUCAUCGAAGGAACUGGGGCUUUUUCAGCAUCUCCAGUGAAAGAAUUGGACAAAGCGCAGUGGUCAGUGCUGAUCGGGCUGACGCGAACAUUACCCCAUGAGCAGGAAGACUUUUUCCUUGCAUCCCAUGAUCCUGUACUUGCCAGAGUGGUGCAACGGUUAGCAGGGCACUAUGAUCUCCCCGAGCGGCUUUGGCGGAACAGCAACAAGGCCAUCCUGGAAAUCUUACAACAACGAAUCCCAGACCACCUGGAGAAUAUGAUUGCGUAUGUCGACUUGUCCUUCAAGAUGCUGUCACGGCUCGACGCUAAAUUUCCAGAACUUGGGGACCGCUGGGCCGAAUGCAUGCAGGACCUCGAGACUUAUCGAGACUUCCUCGAAGGAAUUCGUGUCAACGGGUCAAAUUCCGAUGAGGAACUUCCACCGAGUAGCGUCGCAGAUCAGCAUCUGUGCCAAUGCUCGGAAAACGGAGAAGCGUCAUCUAGUGGUGGUAGUCGUUCCUCGGACGCUACCUUUCAACUACCACCACAGAGAGAUGGCACACAUUAUUUUCCGUUCCUCGGUGCAGGACAAUCCAUCCAUUGGCUGUUUGGAAGCGGUGGUUCAGAAUCGAGCGACGACAGUCAGUCCUUGGCGCCGGACAACGAUUUCGGCGGAUGCACCGAUGACGAGACCAAGAUUCAAGAAGAAUUCGACCGGUGGUUCAGCGGGCUGACUCCAAAGCUGUUUGACGCCGAAGGAAAGAACAAGUGGGUGUUGCUCGGCUGGCUCCACUAUGGGAAGCAUCUUGCUAGGAGUUUCUGGUCGUACCAGAGGGUCUUCAAGGUGCUGCUCCUGAAUGUGCUUCUGUGA